AUGGUGGGCGUAAUGGUCCACAGCGACCUGUCCCGUCAGCAGCCCAUUAUACAGGACGUUGAGGUUUUCUACGGUAUACCGUUUGCCGAACCGCCCAUCGGUGAUUUGCGGUUCCGUGCACCACAUAAGUUAAAUGAGACGUGGACAUCCACUAGAUUGAUGGACACCAAGAAGAGUCAUUGCCUUGAUAAGAUGGGUACUGGUGCUGAAGAUUGCCUCUAUUUGAAUGUGUUCCGUCCGGCCAAUACCACACCCAGCUCGAAUCUUCCAGUUAUGGCCUGGAUUUUCGGAGGUGGUUUUGUCGACGGCGACGCCGCUGACCCUAGGUAUGAUGGUACCGCCCUGGCCUCCGAACAUAAUGUCGUAGUUGUCACUUUCAACUACAGACUAGGAAACUUUGGAUAUUUGGCUUCCGAAUCUUCCUUGGAGGAGGAGGGAACGACCGGCAACUGGGGCCAAAUGGACCAGCAGAUGGCGCUCAAGUGGAUACAGAAUAAUAUCGGUGCUUUUGGUGGCGACAAGGAUAGGGUUAUGCUCUUUGGCGAAUCUGCUGGAGCCUUCAGCGUUGUCUGGCAUAUAGCUGCACCUAGUAGUGCUGGUUUAUUCCACUCCGCUGUACUCGAAUCGAGUACCAGUCAUACCGACAUAUUCUUCCAACAGCCGCAGGAUGCUUAUCGCUAUUAUAACUGGGUGGCAAAAGAACUCGUUGGAUGCAAAGACGCGAACGAUAUCGAAUGCUUGCGGAAAGCUGACGCCUCCAAGUUCAUUUUGCCAUCAGAUAUCCGUUUUGAUGCUGUCAAGGCUCCCGAUUGGGGCUCACCGAUUUUCCCUAUGAUGCCGGUUGGCCCAUGUAUCGAUGGGUCCAUCCUUCUUGACACCCCCCUCAACGUUGUCAAAGCUGGUAAGCAUAACAAGGUUCCAACUAUUGUUGGUGUGAAUCGCGACGAAGGCACUGGCUUUGUUGCUGGUAUGUCGGGGGUCAUGCCGAACAUGCCCAAGCAACCAACUAUGGCAGAUGUCCGCACCAUACUCUUCUACGUCCUUCAAAAUGAUACUGUGGUCGAUGAAGCUCUCGAGAGGUAUGCAUUGAACAACUACGACGACGUCUACGGUGAAGUGAACCAGGGUUUCGAGUUGGCCUCCGAGAUGAUACGGGAUGCCGUCUUUCACUGUCCGAGUCGUGCGUUGGCUAAGGCUCUCAGCGAACAAGGUGGUGAUGCGUAUAUGUAUCUAUUCAACAUGAAUCCGAUAUUUCCCAAGUGGAUCAAGGAUAUCAACACUGGCAAUAAACCUUUGUUCGGUUUCGGCAACUUCACCCCUGAGCAAAUGGGAACAUUCCAUUCUUCUGAGAUCCCCUUCGUCUUCAAGCGUUUUGAACAACGCAGUAUGAGUCUCCUCGAUAUCGAUAUGUAUCAGGCUUAUAUGGGCCAUCCUCCACGUGUGCCAGGCGAUUCCUAUCAUCAAGUGUCCGACCAGAUUUCAUGCAUGUGGGCCAAUAUGGCGUACAGCGGUAUGCCGGUCGGUGGGCAGGCUGUGUGUCCAUCGAAUCCACAGCUUCCCGAAUGGGGUCCUUAUAUGGCCAAUGCCAGUAGUCCUCUGGGCCAAUACCUCCAUCUUGGAAGGUCUGCCGCGAUGAUGCCUGUGAAGCAGACAGCGUACUAUCCUGUCUCAGAGUUCGUCAGCGCCGAGAAGUGCGAAUUUUGGGACGCGCACAACUUUGUCUUUCACAAUCUGCGAGCUGAUCUUUCCGAACCAUCCACCUCGACCAUCAUUGUUUGA